AUGGUGGCCCAACGAUACACACUCUCGGCGCUCAGGUCGACACUGUCGGCUGCCUCUAACGCGCCUCGCCAAUCAGUUGCCACUUCGUCACGCUCGUUUGUUUCGACUCCAUAUAGCAGAUCGGAUCGACCACCUACCGGUACCUACCCACCCUCUUCGCAUCAGGAUAAUGACACACCUUCCACUUCGAGCUCGAACCCCAAUGCAUUCUCUUCGACAAGGCCUGCUGCCACUUUUGGCACUGAUGGACCAGCAUCCGGGAACAAGCAGACCCACUUCGGAUUCAAGUCGGUGGCGGAGGAAGAAAAGGAGUCGAUGGUUGCCUCGGUCUUCUCAUCUGUAGCAUCCAAGUACGAUGUCAUGAACGAUGCUAUGUCGCUCGGUAUUCAUCGCUUGUGGAAGGAUCACUUUGUCUCCAAGUUGGAUCCUCGUGGAGGUAUCAAGGUUCUCGACGUAGCGGGAGGCACGGGUGACAUUGCAUUGCGUAUUCUCGACCAUGCCAGGACAAAGCACUUUGACCGCGAGACACACGUCACCAUUCUCGACAUCAACCCUGCUAUGCUCAAGGAGGGUCAGAAGCGAUUCAAGCAGACCAUGUACUGGGGCGGACCGCAAGUAAGCUUCCAGCUUGGCAAUGCGGAACAGCUUGACUCGACCAUGGAAGUUCCCCCCGAGCUUGUUCGUGGUCCUAAUAGCAAGCAGCCUCACCUCCCGCCACUUGUGAGCAAGCCGAUCCCUGACGAGUCGAUUGACCUGUUCACAAUGGCAUUCGGAAUCCGAAAUUGUACACACAUCGAUGAGGUGCUCCAGCAAGCCUACCGUGUCUUGAAGCCUGGCGGUGUUUUCAGCUGUCUCGAGUUUGGCAAGGUCAACGUCCCCUUCUUGGCUGAAGCAUACAGGCAGUACAGCUUCAACGUGCUUCCUCCCUUGGGUCAAAUGCUAGCCGGUGACCGCGCUUCAUACCAGUAUCUUGUCGAGUCGAUCGAGCGAUUCCCAACACAACCUCAAUUCGCAAGGAUGAUGAAGGAUGCUGGCUUCCACUUGCCUGGCUCGCCCACCGCAACUAGUCUCGGCUUCCCAGCAGAGUCCGGCAAUGCAACAGGUGCUGAAGACGUGGCAGGUGCUUGGGAAGAUCUUACAUUUGGUGUCGCUACCAUCUGGACUGGCAUCAAGCUCUGA